GCCGCCCGCCGCCGCCGCCGCCGCUGCCCGGUGCCCGGUACCCGCCGCCGCCGCCGCCGCCUCGCCCGGGCCGGGAGGGCGCAGGGGCCGGGCGGGGGGCCGGGCUGGGGCGCCGCAGUUGCGAAACUCGUGCUGAUCGCCCGUCGUGGCGCCUACCUCACUCCUCCCAGCGGACAGACAGACGAGAGGACGGACGACUGAGCCCACAGCUGCUGCCCAGGUGCCGCCCCCGCGCGCCCUCAGCCAUGCCCUGAGCGCCUGAUGAGCACCUCGGGGCCCCCGGGCCACGGCGGGCGCCAUGGAGCUCAAAGUCUGGGUGGACGGAGUCCAGAGGAUCGUGUGUGGCGUCACCGAGGUCACCACCUGCCAGGAGGUCGUGAUCGCCUUGGCCCAGGCCAUCGGCCGCACCGGGCGCUACACGCUCAUUGAGAAGUGGAGAGACACCGAGAGGCACCUGGCGCCCCACGAGAACCCCGUCAUCUCCUUGAACAAAUGGGGGCAGUACGCGAGCGACGUGCAGCUCAUCCUGCGCCGCACGGGGCCCUCCCUCAGCGAGCGGCCCACCUCCGACAGCGGGGCCCGCGCCCCCGAGCGGACCUUGCACCGGCAGAGCCUGCCCCCCUUGGCCAAGCUGCGGCCCCCGGCGGACAAGGCCCUCCGCAGGCGCGAGCCCAAGAGGAAGUCGCUGACGUUCACGGGGGGCGCCAAGGGGCUGAUGGACAUCUUCGGGAAGGGCAGGGAGGCGGAGGCCAAGCAGAAGGCGCCGGGCGGCCGCAGGGCCACCGCCGAGGAGCUGCGGAAGCUGGUCCGCCUGCAGACGGAGAAGCUGCAGGCCAUCGAGCGGGAGCUGGAGUCCAGCGACCUGGAGAUCCGCUUCUGGGAGCAGAAGCACAGCCCGAGCCUGGAGGAGGAGAUCGUGCGGCUGGAGCAGAAGAUCAAGCGGAACGACGUCGAGAUCGAGGAGGAGGAGUUCUGGGAGAACGAGCUGCAGAUCGAGCAGGAGAACGAGAAGCAGCUGAAGGACCAGCUGCGGGAGAUCCGGCAGAAGGUGGCCGAGUGCGAGGGCCGGCUGCAGGACUACGGCGCGCAGAUCCACACCAUGGAGAGCGGGCUCGAGGCCGAGAAGCUGCAGCGCGAGGGCCGGGGGGCGCAGGCCGACGAGGAGGAGGUGCGGGGCAAGAUCGGCAAGGUCAAGGGCGAGAUCAGCGUCCAGGGCCAGCAGAGCCUGCGGCUGGAGAACGGCAUCCGGGCCGUGGAGCGCUCGCUGGGGCAGGCCGCUAAGCGGCUGCAGGACAAAGAGCAGGAGCUGGAGCAGCUGACCAGAGAGCUCCGGCAGGUCAACCUGCAGCAGUUCAUCCAGCAGACGGGGACCAAGGUGACCGUCCUGCCCGCAGAGCCCUCGGACGGGCACGCGCCCCACGCCGACCUGCAGCGGGAGGCCCCCUUCCAGUCGGGCUCCCUGAAGCGGCCCGGCACGGCCCGGCAGCUCCCCAGCGACCUGCGCCUGCUGCAGAGCCCCGUGGCCGCCGGCUUCAACCCCGAGGGCAUCUACGUCUAGCCGCGCCCGAGCCCCGCGCGCUGAGCAGAGCCCGGGGGGCCCCAGCCGCAGCCUCGGUUUCCCUGGGGGACACCGGAGCUCCAGGGAGGCGUUCCUACCGCGUGCAUCCGUCAAUAAAGCCGCGACUUGGGAGGAAAGAGCGCGCGCGGCCGGUGAGCUUCCUUCCCUCCCCGCUGUGCCCGCCCGCGGCCGGCGUGUCUGCCCAGCCCCUGCGUGGGCACCGCGGCCACAGGAGCCGCCCGCCCGGCCCCGCCGUCCUGCCUGCUGUGUGGCAGGAGUUUCAGGUCCUCUCGGACGCCGGGUGCACCGAGUCUGCACGGUAACUCCGGAGCCAGGGCUGCGGGCGUGGGAGAGGUGCCCCCUGCCACCGGGCAUGCAGCCGCCACCCCCGCCCGGCUACGUGCCGCCCAGAGGUCCCCACGGCCGGCCAAGGUGGCGCUGUGCCCGCCACCGCCCGAGUCUCUGAGUCUCUGGAGGCCCCGAGGGUGGCGGGGGUCCGGCCCCCCCAGGAGAGCCAGGGUCCGGGCGCCUUUCUGCUCGGGCCGCUGGCGGGAGUCUCCACCGUCGUCUCUUUCCCUUGUGAAACCAAAAAUGCGUCACCCCCAGCACCCCCCUCUCCAGGUGCUCCCCGGGGCGGGGGUCUCGGCAGAGCUGGACCCUCAGAGCCAUGUCCGCCCUCUCUGCCCAGCACAGGGGCAUCGACGUGAGAUCAAAAGCAGUGUUUAAUUCUACAAGAACAAACAAAAAAAAAUAUGCGUGAUUUGUAUUAUUUCCAUACGUGCAACAAAGCAAACGUGGGUUUGUAUGUUGAUGCCGUGGUCACACUAAGAGAUCACCUUGUGCAUGGGAGCGCCUCCGGACGUUUCUAAGACGUUUGGCUUAUUUUUGGAGUAAUGAAUGCUGAGAAUGCUGCUAUAUUUAGAUUUUUCAGUGAGAAAUUUCAAGAAUGGCUGUGAAAAUAGAAGCUUCUAGAACACUGAAAGUGAUAAUGCAGAGUUGCCUUUUCUAGUCUAGCUACAUGGCAGACCUCAACUAAAGAUACUGUUUCCUUUGGGUUCUUGGAGUUACUGAGUUGGCUUUGCCAUUAUGUUAUUCUUCAGAUAACCUGACCUACGAACGAGUCUUACUAAGUAACCACAACCUAUAUAUAUUUGCUCUCAAUUUAUAAUAGUACUUUCAUACCUACAUACUGUAAAGUUAAGAAAAUUUAAAAGAACUGAUUUGUAGUUUUGUGACGACAAUAAUUGAAUGCCCAAUAUAUGCCUUACUUUUAAAGGGUUCCAUCCUGUCCUGAGUUAUUUUCUUACUGUUGUUCAGAGAAAUUGGGAUCUAUUGACAAAAUAUUUUAUAAAUCGAUCGCAUUCUAUUUAAAUGCAAAUGUUCAACUGAAGCUGCGUCGAGCUUGGCCCGUGUGAAUCGCGACAAUGCCUUGGAGGACUGAGCACCACCACGGCAGCACCCGCCCUGCCGCCUGCCUCCGUCCCCCCGAGGUGAUGAGGGCUCACCUCCUCGUGCCCCCCACAGGCUCGAGUCCCCCGGCUCCUCUCCACGAAACGGACUGCAGACGGCACGUCACCUUCUAAGGGAGAAGCUUCUGGAAAUGUGGACGUCUUCAUUGAGCAGCUGCACCCGCGGACCCACCCCGCUCCUUCUGAAAACACGUCUUGAGAAAUAUUCUCUGAGUCUCUUUCUUAAACAUAGGGAAGGAGAGUCCGGGGGUAGAACACCUUACAGCCGUCUCGGGGUGGGGUGGAGGGGUCGUACAGCAGGGAGGGCACUCGGCACAGUGCAGCCAGCCCCGUGCAGCCAGCCCCGUGCGUGCGUCCUGAGCACCAAGUCCCUGCGCACCGCCCCGUGAACUCACAGAGACACGAGUCUCUCUCCCGCUGUCUCCCCCAUCGGGAAUCUUGGCCGGGCGAGCUGCCACGUCUCUGGGUGCGUUUGGAUGACAGCGGACGGCGUCGCGUCUGAGGGAAUAAUAUAAAUUCUGGUUAUUAGAUUAUAAGGGUUUUUUUUUUGUUGGGGUUUUUAGGUUUGUUUUUUAAGGACACCCACGUUUUUUUCUCCUUUCCCUCCCUCCCCCCUUUAAUAUCUACCAGUAUUAACGCCAUCGGGAAAUGAUUAUCUUACCAGGAACUGGCGGGAAGUGACAGAUUCAUUAACUCCCCGAGUUCAGAUGAGAAGCUCGCGCUGAAACCCGGGGCGGGGUGGACUCGAGAGCAGGAACCGGGUCGCGCUCAGUCCCAGAGCGGGAAUGAAGUCCUGCCUGUGCUCAGAGACGUUUCUCUCGGUGCGUGAGAGCAGAGUAGUCCCUCAGGAACACUCUCGAGCACUGUCCCCGUGGGCUGAGGAGAUGGCGUGGAGGAGGCCGGGCGCCUUGCUCUGGGGUGUGCGGGCCUGCGCAGACGCCGGGCCUGGGGCGACGUCCUGAACUUUGGGGUCAGCGUCCCAGGAGACAGUCAGUGAGUGCUGCACCCGCAGCAGCUGUGAGCCUUGGGCCAGGCCCGCGUCAGGCCCCCGGCCCCUGCCCUCGGCCGGGCUAGGGCCCAACGCAGUUUUUAUAUUCUCAGAAACCAAAUAAACGCAGAGGAUUAUUUAGUAUACCGAUGUUAAACCAGCAGACUAUAGAGGCAAUAAAGUACCUACAUAUCUAUGGGGGGGGGGUUACAGCCAGGCUGGGGCGGGAGCUGGCCGCCCCGCGGACACAGACGGCGGGCGUGUCUCCUGCAGUGACACCCUGCGCUGGGCCGAUGGCCUGUGACCUGUGUGACAUGUAAUUACUCUCCUGCUUUCGUUUCAAAUGUGUAUUUUGUGAUGAUCACCGCGAGCCACACGGCCAAGGCUGGAUAUCCUCACAGACAAUAAAUGUUCAGGAUUCACGGGG